AUGAGGGAGAAGAUUCGUCUCCUAGAGUUAAAGAUGAUUGAUAUCCUAGUAAACGAUGCAUUCUUUGAAGUGGUCGAGACGUUCAUCCGAACCCUUCCUACUUUGGUUGAUGCAGGAGGUGUUAGCGUGUGGCUGCUGACAAACUCGUCUUUUGCAAUGACACCUACUUCGGGGGUAUGGCCAGCUAAGUCGGAAUUAGAUGAAAUCAUGCGCCCUACUAUCAUGAAGCUGGAAGAGGAUUAUGUUACCCACAGAGCUAUAUCAGAGACACAGUCACCUCGUUAA